AUGGGUAUUACAGGAUUGAAAUCAUGCUUAAAGGAAAUCAAGUUGAAUGAUAAGCCACUCAUUCAACCAACCUUUCAAGUAGUUGCUGCACCAGCCACCACCACCACCACCACCACCACAGAUGCUACUACCACCACCACCUCAACUGCUGCUGCUGUUGAAGCACCAGUAGUAGUACCAUCGGUAAUGAUUAUGCCAUCACCAGCAGAGACAGGAAACACUACAUUGAUUGCUGAUGCAUGUCAUUUGCUUUCAGUGUCGAUCACCAACAACCAAGCCAAGGGUGCCGACUUUGACACUUUGAUGGAACGUGACGAGAAGUUUAUCAGAAUGCUCAUCACCCAAUACGGUUUCAAGACCAUUCUCUUGUACAUUGAUGGUUUUGGACACGAAAAGUAUGGUCGUCAAAAGGACCGUAAGACCAAGCGUGACAAGUUCUGCGACGGCACUGAAAACAGACUACAAAACUAUCGUUUCCGUUGCAUUGAAGCUCCACUCGUUCAAUUGAUCGAAAAGAUCAACAAGGAGUUUGAAGGUGUCUCUGUGCAACUCAAGCGUUCUGCUUUUGAAGCCGACGAGCAAGUCAUGCACGAAAACAACCUCCUCAAGACCGAGUCAUCGGUCAAGUAUGUCUAUGGUGAUGUCGACUAUGCCUUUUUCGAGGCCGAUCAAAACGACAAGUCUGAUCUCAUCCUCAUAUUCAAGGACGAGAGCGAACAACUCAAAUGGUUCAAGCGUUCCGAGUUGUUUGUCGCCCUCUACGACAACAAGACCGUCUCGGACGACAUUGUCCGUUCCAAGCAAUUGGCUCCCAUCUAUGCCUCCCUCCUCCAAAACGAUUACAACAAGAAUGCCAACCUUGCCAUCCUCCAAAAGUAUGGUGCCAAUCUUCAACAAGAAGGUUGGAAUCUCAAGGAAAAUGGUUGUUACUAUUGUCAAAAUGAUCAAGUUAUCAAAUCUCAUCAAUCUUAUAGUUGUCCAAAUUACUUUAGAAUGGUAUCAAAAUUGGUAAUUGAAUUAUUCAAUGGAGAGAGUGAUAUCAAGAAUGGAGAAAAAUUACAAGAAUUACUUUCCAACCCAGCUUUCCAAAGCAGUUAUUCUGUCUAUUCGUUGACAUUGCUUGCUGGCGAGCUUGCACUCUACGAGACAUCAGAGGAAAAGAAAAAGAUUUUGGCCGACUAUGCCAACUUUAGAUACCCAGACUUUUUGUUGAAGCCCGACUACUUGGACGAGACUGACUUCCCACUCAUCGACUACAACAAGAACUUGGUGACUGCCAGCGAGACUGAAAAGAGAAAGCAAUUUGGCUUUGUUUUUGUCGAGUUUGCCGGCAAGCCAGUCAUCCAAGGUGACUCUGUCAAAAAGGUCGGUGAGGACACUUACCGUAUCAACAAGGACAAGAUCAAGAGAAUCAAGAUGGGUCGUAUUCACGACAUCAUCCACGGCAACGGUGAGAUCAAGCUCAACGAAUUCAGAUUCAUUGCCAACUACCGUUACCAUCUCUUUAACGUCUGGCAAUUGGCCAGAUUCUAUGGCAAGGAGAUGAUCAUCACCAAGGAAGAUCUCCUUCCAUGGGUCGUCUCUUAUUCGAUCAAAAAGGAACAACCAAAGGAAGAUGAAGCCGGUUUCACCAUCGUCACCAACAAGGGCAAAAAGGGAAGUGGUUCAUCUGAACCAAAGCCAAAGGCUGCCCCUUCAAAGGCCAAAGCCAAGGAUGCUGCUGCUGGUAGAUUCUCCUUCUUGAUGGAUAGUGAUGAAGAAAACUAA